AUGCAUACCAACAACGAAACAGGUGGUCGAAGGACCCACACAAGCAUCAGAAAUGUUCUUGAAAAUGGAGAACCACAGCAAUCUCAAACUCAGAGGAAUACGGUUCAAGAACCCACUUCAAUCCUUCGAUUUGGCGAUGCCAAUGUUACUUCCUCAGAACCUAUACGUUUAUCCUCGAUACAACUUCCAUCCAAUAAUGACGCCUUACUUAGACGAAUGGCAGUUGAUUCAAGCAAUCUAGAAGCUGGGCUUCCUGAUUUAUCUCCGGGAGAUUUAAUUAAAUUAAGACUGUUUCAGGAAUCCUUGCAACGGAAGACUGAGUUAUUUUUGAAUUCGAUUGAAUCAAGGAGAAAUGCCAUCUUCGAGGGGAUUGAAGCUGAUAACUUGAAAUUGAAAAAACUACAAUUAGCACAAACACCUCACACAGCCGCCUACCUAAACAGAUUGCAGCGUGUUCGAAUGAGAGCAAUCGAGACUGAAACUAUUGAAUUACAACGACUACGAGUGAAAAUCCUCACUGUUGUGGAAGAAUACAAGACCGCCAUGAAUACUUACUGUUCUGCAAUACAUAAGGGGAAACCUGCCAUUAAUCCAACUGAUUACUUCCAGGAAUGGAUAGAGUCGUUAGAUCCUGAAAAGACGCCGGAGUUAACCGAUGCUCUGAAUGCAUUAACAUUGUCAUCACGCCAAUAUUUAAUUGCUUUGUUAGAACAACCGUCCAAGGAUGAUAAAAAACAUCGAUUAAGACAUCAAAGAAGUGUUGUGAAAAGCUCCAUCUUUCCUCUAAACCGAUUACCAUCAGAGAUAUUGCAUUUAGUGCUUGAUAAGUUGACUAAUAGAAAUGAUAUUGUGAGUCUUUUGACAGUUUGUAGACUUUGGGCCCUCAUAAUUGUGAAGAUUUUAUAUUAUAGACCUCAUAUCAAUAAAAAACAGCAAUUAGAUCUGUUUAUGAGGACAAUGUAUUUGGAACGAUUUGAAACUGUAUUUGACUACAGAUCAAUGAUCAAGAGGCUAAAUUUCUCAUUUGUUGGUGAUCACCUCUAUGACGAUCAAUUAUACCAGUUCGUUGGAUGCCAAAAUUUGGAAAGGCUAACCUUGGUAUUUUGCAAAAAUAUAACUAGUGAAUCAAUAUCAGCUGUGCUUAAUGACUGUAAAUUUCUUCAGAGUGUUGAUAUAACAGGUAUAAAGAAAAUUUCUGAUGAUAUCUUUAACACGUUGGCUGAAAGUUGUCCAAGGUUACAAGGUUUUUAUGUCCCCCAGGCAAAAGACGUUUCAUUGUCUUGUUUAAGAAAUUUUAUUCUAAACACACCUAUGUUAAAGAGAGUGAAAAUAACUGCAAGUGCUAACAUGAAUGAUGAAUUGGUAGAAUUAAUGGCCGAUAAAUGUCCAAUGCUAGUUGAGGUAGAUAUUACAUCCAGUCCAAAGGUACAUGAUUCCAGUCUUCUAAAGUUAUUUACUAAAUUGGGGCAAUUAAGAGAAUUUCGUAUUACACACAAUUCCAAUAUAACUGAUACAUUUAUACUGGAACUUGCUAAAGAAGUACAGCAAUUACCGCCAUUAAGACUAAUCGAUUUUUCAAGCUGUGAGAAUAUUACAGAUAAGAGCAUUGAAAAGAUAGUACAAAUGGCGCCAAAACUAAGAAAUAUUUUUCUUGGAAAGUGUAGUAGAAUUACAGAUGCAUCGCUGGCAUAUUUGUCUAGGUUAGGAAAAAAUUUACAGACUAUUCAUUUUGGUCAUUGUUUCAAUAUAACGGACCAAGGGGUCAGAGUUUUAGUUCAGGCCUGUUCUAGAAUUCAAUAUGUUGAUUUUGCAUGUUGCACUAACCUAACAAAUCGUACUCUGUAUGAAUUAUCUGACUUACCAAAACUGAAAAGAAUUGGACUUGUAAAGUGUUCGCAAAUGACGGAUGAAGGUUUAUUAAAUAUGAUUUCGUUACGUGGAAGAAAUGAUAGCUUGGAAAGGGUGCAUUUAUCCUAUUGUUCAAAUUUAACCAUUUAUCCAAUUUAUGAGUUGCUGAUGGCAUGUCCUAGAUUAUCUCAUUUGUCAUUAACAGCUGUUCCCUCAUUUCUCCGACCAGAUAUAACAGCAUUCUGUAGGCCUGCACCAACGGAAUUCAGCGAAAACCAACGCCAAAUAUUUUGUGUUUUCUCAGGACGAGGCGUUAAUAGGCUUCGUCAUUAUUUAAUGAGUUUAACAACCCCAACUAAUGGGCCACAGAUGGACAUAAAUGAGAUUCUUACCAAGUAUGUUGUCUCUAAAAAUCUCGUUGGAAAUCAGGAAAGUUUGGAAACUGCAAUUUCAAGAAUUACGACUGAACUAAAUCAAGACUCGGCAGCUAUAUUAGCAGCAACAGGCUGGAACCAGAUCAAUGGCUUGAACAAUGAAUUCCCUUUUCAAAAUAUAGAUUUUCAAAAUUUGGACGAUCUAUUUACAUGGUACAGAACCGAAUUUCAAAAUGUUGACCUAAGUCCUGAAGCAAUUAAUGAUCUGCUUGCCAGAGUUGAUAGGAAAUAUUGCGAUGACCCCUUCUCCGACGAUUAUCUGGAGAGGGAUGCUGUUUUAGUUCCUGGCGCAUCAAAUGAUGUAAAUAGUGAAAUGUGUUACAUUGUUAGAAAAUUCCACGAAUUAGACGAUCGAGUCGACGAUUUUGAAGUAAAUGUUGCUAGUUUGGCAAGAGUACAGUUUCAAUUCACUGGUUUCUUACUUCAUGAGAUGGCACAAAUUUUUACCCAUAUAGUAGAUUUGAACAGGAUGAUAUGUCGAGUUCAAAACAAUGUUAUACAAACGGGUAAUGUAAGUGAUAUGCAAGGACUAUUUGCAUGGAGAUUAGUUUCCGUGGAAAGAUUUGUGAAGUUAUUGCAAAAAUAUAAAGUGUCCACAGUUGUCUUAAGACUUUAUUUGAAAGACAGCAUUACUUUAUUAACCAGACAAAGGGAAUUACUUAUUGCACAUCAAAGACAUAACUGGAACGGCAACACAGAUGACACAGAACCCGAUGAUGACGCUUUUUGGCAGCAGAUAGGUGAAAGGGUACCAUUGUCACAGGAACAAAUGCGAAUUAUUCAAUUUGGGUUGAGGAAUCCCGUCAAUAUGGACGGUAAUACAGUACAGGAAGGUGGUGAGCUCGAAGAUCAUUCCGCAACCCCAAACGAUGAUGUCUUAGAGGAGACCUAG